AUGGCAAAAAUAUCCAGCCCUACAGAGACUGAACGGUGCAUCGAGUCUCUGAUUGCUGUUUUCCAAAGGCAUGCUGGAAGGGACGGUAACAACUGCAAACUCUCCAAGGCCGAGUUCCUUAUCUUCAUGAAUAGAGAGCUGGGUGCCUUCACAAAGAAUCAGAAGGACCCUGGUGUCCUUGACCGCAUGAUGAAGAAGCUGGACCUCGACUCUGAUGGACAGCUAGAUUUCCAAGAAUUUUUUAAUCUUCUUGGCGGCCUGGCCCUAGCUUGCCAUGACUCCUUUAUUAAGUCUACCUCUUCCCAGAAGUAAAUCGGAGAAGCCUUUGGGCCUGGCCUCCAGCCCCACUCCCUUUCCUUCAGCCUCCCAAUUAUCAUCUACCCCUCACAGCCCACACAUACCCUGAGCCCAGUGCACCCACCACCCCAUGAAGGCCACUCCUGCUGGUA